GAUGUUGUGCCACUUGGACUGCCUAGUUAUCCAGCCGAACUAAAACCUUCUCUACAUGUAGCUGUUUCUAUCCACAGUUGUAGAGGCUCUUCAAAUCUGAUCGAGUUUAAUUAAAAUUAACAGCAUUUGGAGAGGUUAGACUCACUGAUCCUGAGAGACAAUACCAUUGAGCAUUGUUAAACAGGAGAAACUGUGUGUAUAUAGGACAUAUAAACUGCCUGGAUUUAACUAUGCAGAGAUAAAGAAGAACAAAAUGACUAUGACUAGUCAAGAAGAAACUCAGACAGACCUUCACCACUGCUUAAAGCGUGAAAAGAGUUUUAUUCAAGAGAAGGAUCUCACAGCACACCAGCGCAUCCACAGACAAGACAAACCACAUCAGUGCUCACAGUGUGGAAAGAGUUUCGAUUACAGAUGUCUUCUCAAGCGACAUCAGCGCGUUCACACAGGAGAGAAGCCGUUUCAGUGCUCACAGUGCGGGAAACAUUUUACUCAGCAGAGCUCUCUCCACCAACACAAGUGUAUUCACAUGGGAGAGAAACCCUAUCAGUGCUCACAGUGUGGAAAGGGUUUCACUUACAGAUGUCUUCUUCAGCGACACCAGCGCAUUCACACAGAAGAGAAAGUGUAUCACUGCUCACAGUGUGGCAAGAGUUUUGCUGAGCAGAGUAGAUUCUAUCAGCACCACCGAAUUCAUACAGGACAGAAACCAUUUAUCUGCUCACAGUGUGGGAAAGGAUUUACUCGUCAGUUUAGUCUCAAAAUACAUCAGCGCAUCCAUACUGGAGAGAAGCCGUAUCAGUGCUCACAGUGUGGAAAGAGUUUUGCUAACUUGAGUAAUUUCCAGCUACACCAGCGCAUACACACGGGAGAGAAGCCAUAUCACUGCUCACAGUGUGGAAAAGGUUUCAGUCAAAAAAGUGAUCUUCAGCAUCAUGAGCGCAUUCACACUGGGGAGAAGCCUUAUGUCUGCUCAAAGUGUGGAAAAGGGUUUCCUCGUCAGUUUAACCUUCAGCGCCACCAGCGCAUCCAUACAGGAGAGAAGCCGUAUCAGUGCUCACAGUGUGGAAAGUGUUUCGCUGACAUGAGUCAUUUCCAACAACACCAACGGACUCACAAAGGAGAGACGCCGUAUCAGUGCUCACAGUGUGGAAGAGGUUUUAAGCUAGAGAGUUCUCUCCAACAACAUCAGCGCAUUCACACUGGAGACAAACCGUAUCACUGUUCACAGUGUGGGAAGAGUUUUAAUUACAAGGGUUCUCUCCAGCAACAUCAGCGUAUUCACACUGGAGAGAAACCGUAUUACUGCUCUGAGUGUGGCAAGAGUUUUAGUAAAGUGAGCAGUUUCCAACAGCACCAGCGCAUUCACACAGGCGAGAAGCCGUAUCCCUGCUCCGUGUGUGGAAAGAGUUUUAAUCAACGGGGCCAUUUACAAAAACACCAGCUCAUCCACAGACAAGACAAACAACAUCAGUGCUCACAGUGUGGAAAGAGUUUUAUUUUUAAAUGUUUUCUCCGACGACAUCAGCGUGUUCAUACGGGAGAGAAGCCGUAUCAGUGCUCACAGUGUGGAAAGAGUUUUACUCAGCACAAUACUCUCCAACUCCACCAGCGCAUUCACACGGGAGUGAAGCCGUAUCAGUGCUCUGAUUGUGGGAAGAGUUUUAGGCAAGUGAGCUGUUUCCAGAAGCACCAGCGCAUUCACACUGGAGAGAAGCCGUAUUACUGCUCAGAGUGCGGCAAGAGUUUUAAGCAGGUGGGCCAUUUCCAAAAACAUGUGCGCAUGCAUACUGGAGAGAAGCCGCAUAGCUGCUCACACUGUGGAAAGAGUUUCAAUGAAAAAAGUACUCUCAAGGUACAUCAGCGCAUUCACACAGGAGAAAAGCCAUAUGACUGCUCAGAGUGCGGGAAGAGUUUUACUGAUCCAUCAGCAUUACAGUCUCACCAGCGGACACACACCGGAGAGAAGCCGUAUCACUGCUCAGAGUGUGGGAAGAGCUUUACCAAAUCAAGUAAUCUUAAAAGACACCAAGCUGUUCACAUGAAGAAAAGUAGUCAGAAUCAAUCUCUUUAAUUUGUCCAGAAAUAACAACAACAACAAAAUAAUUGCCAUCACCCCACUCAUCAGUUUUCUGUACAAUUAUUUUUGAGCCUUUGAAAAUGACUUGUAAAACUUUGAUGCAAUAUUUUUAAUAGUUGUUAAAUGAAAUCGAAAAAAAAACUUCUGUCACAUCUUGUUUGGUUUUAAAUCCACUGUUAUGGGAUAGCGGCACAAAAUUGUCAAUUGUGUCGCUGCCCGAAUACGUAUGGACCUUACUGUAUAUACUUGGCUGUAAAUCACUGGAGAUCAUGUACAGAUUGAGAAAAAAUUAUUCAGUUAUGUAUAUUGAAUCUUUUCUGUGGAAAUACAUGUAUCGCCACACUGAUGUUGCCAUUCCUGUAUAGUCCUACGGGUGACACUCUCUACAAUGCAAUACAGCAACCACUGUUGUAGGAGUAAAGCACUUGCAUCUAGAAUUAGGAUAUUUAUGAAAUGAUAAUACUGAAUCACUAUACAAAUAGAAUUGGCACCUGGAUAUCAUGAUAAUAUCGUAUCGUCUGGUCCCAGGUGAUCCAUUCCUAAUAUCAUAUAGGGAUAAUAUCCUGUUGCACAAGCCUAGUACUAACUAUAACCUUGAUUUCUAGUUGUUUUGAUACAAUUUGUCAUUUUCAUCAACACCAAUGAAUUUACACAGGAAAGACGCUGUAUCAGUGCUCGCAGUGUUGCUUCUCUCUAGCAACACCAGCGAAUUCACACUGGAGAGAAGCCGUAUUACUGCUCUGAAUGUGGUAAGAGUUUUAAUCAGAAAGGUAUGCAUCAGCACAUUCACACAGGACAAAGACUGUAUCAAUGCUCAGAGUGUGGGAAGAGUUUUAUUUAUCCAUCAGCGUUCAAGUCUCACCAGCGGACACACACCGGAGAAAGGCCUUACAGUUGCUCCAAAUGUAAAAAGAGCUUUACCAAAUUAACUUGACGUCAAAUAUCUAAAACAGGCCACUCAUCUGUCUGCUGUACAGUUACUUUUGAACCUGUGAACUUGGAGGGAGUUUGUAAUACUUUAAUGUAAUUAUCAAACUGUUAAUGCAAUAUUUUUAACAAUUUUUAACACUAAAAGUCUUCACCUUAGUUGCAUCUUGUUCACUUUUAAAUCCAGGAUGGUUUUGUAGCGGUACAACAAGCAAAAUGUGCACAUGCUCGAAUACUUAUGGCCAUGUCUGUUUAUACUUGUCAGUCA